UUUGCAGCAUGGAUGUAGAGGUAGCAUUUUGAUUUGGUCAAGGUCUCACUUCUGUUAUCAGCUAAGUACAACGAAAUUAGUUAGCAUUACAGCGAGUUCUGUUUGUUCGGGUACAGUAGACCGAGCCUCCUCCUCCUCCUCCUCGGCUUUACGAGCUGACGAUUCAAAGAGGAGAACAAGCAUGGCUCGGUCUCUGCUCUCCCUCCUGUCCAGGCUCGGGGCUCUGUCAGCGACCCCCUCGGUUCCCGUCAACAGCUGUCGAUUUGCAAGCAGAGGUGCGAACAAAGCAUGGCCGGGACAGAGCCAUGUGAACCGAGACAGAAACAGACACAGCAAGGAGGUGGCUGAUGGAGAACUGGACCUGGAGGAUGUGGAGGACAAGUUCCAGGCCCUGGUCGAUCAAGGCAGGAAAAGGCAAAAGACUGUCAAGUUUCACAUACUGAGGAGACAGAUGACUCCACCAGGAGCUCCACAGAGGAUGUUAACCUGGGAUGCUAUUGAGCAGAUCAGAUAUCUAAAGCAAGAGCAACCAGAGGAGUGGACAGUGCAACGUCUAGCUGAAGGUUUCUCUGUCACCCCUGAUGUCAUCCUGAGAGUCCUCAGGAGCAAGUUCGUCCCCUCUCCUGAGAGGAAAGCCAAGCAGAAUAAUAUCGUAAUGGCUGAACUCAGUCAGCAGGUGCUGCCUUCAGGUGCUGGGACACAGCAGGACAAGCUGAAGCUGCCUGGGAGCCGCACACCAGCCAUUCUGCCAUCUGGAAGUACAGAAGGGGCUUUGGUCCCAGUGGCUGAGCAGACUCGGAUGAUUCGAGGUGAAGGCUCAGGAUCUUCAGCAAAGAGUCCCGUCCCUGCUACUGUUGUGCCCACCCAGCUUGCUGCUGGUAUUAGUCAAGCUGUCGCAGCGACAAGAUUAGCAGAAGACACCAGAGCUACUAACACCACUCUGACAGACGAGGAUGAGGAGGAUGAAGAUGAUGAAGAUGAUGAAGAGGGCUGGGAUGGACAGGUGCUGACAGAGGAGGAGCUUGAAGAGUUUAUGGACAUGGAAAAGCCCUCUCCUCUAAUGCAAGUAGGGAAAGAUUUCUUUGACGCAGAGGGCAACUUUAUGUAUCGAGUCUGAGGAGUUUGUGUCCAGCUGCUAACUGAAUGUACGCGAUGUUCAGGCUGCAUUUAAUAAUGAGCUCAGUGACCUACUGAACAGAUUAUUGCAAUGUAGGCUAUAAACAAGUAAAAAUACUUUCUAUUCUUGUGCAAUAGCUGUUUAAUAAACUUUAUUUAUGAAUCAUUUAUUUCACA